AUGGCAAUCAAAGUCACCACCCUUACAGAAGCAGAUAUCCCCGGCGCAGUAAAGGCGGUCCAGCAGGCUUUUGCUGGUGAUCCAUACAAUGUCUGGGUCUACGACCAAUCCAAAUUCAAUCCCGACAGAAAUUAUCAGUCGUUAGCCCUAAGAAUGCGAUGGGGCAUGCGUAAUGGCAUCUUCCAUGUCGCAAAGGAGGAAGGUAGUGACGAUGUUCUUGGUGUAGCGAUGUGGCUACGCCCUCAGCAAGCCGGUACUCCAUCGACAUGGAAUGACUGGCUCGAGGGCUGGCGGCUUUGGUUUGGCCAAGUCAACUACAACCUCUGGUAUGGUCGUGGAGGUCUGAAUGUGAAGAGAUAUUAUAUCUGGAAGGACGCUCAAGCCAAAGCACAACAGGAGCUUUGGACAGACCCAAAAGGAUAUUACUUUCUCAACAUUAUGGUCGUCUUGCCCCAGGCACAGGGCAAAGGUGUUGGUGCCAAGAUGAUGAAGGUUGUCACUGACCAGGCCGAUGCCGAGAACAUGAGGUGUUACCUCGAGUCAAGCCGAGAUGUUCCUAACAUGGCAAUCUAUGGGCGAUGGGGAUUUAAAUUUCAAAAAGAGAUGAUUUGCGAUGAUGACGGUGACGCUAUCAAGCUGUUCACAAUGAUUAGGGAACCGCAUGCUGAGCCUGGUGAUGGGAGCCGUUAUCAAGAGCGCGGCACUCCAAAUCUCGAAAUGGGUGCCUCAGAUACAAAAUGCGACGAGAGGAAGCCUUCAUGCGCUCGUUGUGAGGAACGAGGACUGCAAUGCCCGGGAUAUGCCCUCAAUGUACGAUGGUCACAGAAGCAUCAGGUUCGAAAUGCAUCAGCUACCGCCAAAGAAGGCAGUAAAAAGUCACCAAAACAACUUGAAAAUGCGCCAACGAAGAGCUCGAGUGAAAUUGAAAUACCUACCCUCCUACAGCAAGAAGAUGAAGGCAGUCGGCGACUUGAUCAAUGCCUGGGAUUUACCCCCAAUUGGAAUAUUGACAUCUCGCCAGACCUUUGUAGUCUAGACAGCGUCUCGGGUACCGAUAUCAGCUUCCAGCAGCCUACUCCUGUUGUUGGCACCCCUUGGGAUACCUCAUUCAUGAGCGCCGCUUGGACUGUGGACGAAAAUGAUACCACCUCGCCGUCCAGUGCCGAAGAAUCGUACACGUACCAACGCCCGUCAACGCUCGGAACUCUAUGCGCCGCAAAUAUUGAUGAAGUCUGCUCUCAACAAGGUUUAUUACAGAGCAUGGCUCACAUCUUCCAGAGCGAAGUUGAAGCUGGGACGCUGGUUCAGUCAAAUCACGAAGUGACCAUACAGAUCACCAAAGAGCCUUCCAACGUUACCACAUCCCUGUCAGAGUACUUCUUCCGAGAAGUUAUUACCUUAUAUUGCUCCUGGGACAGCAAAUCUAACGUGAUGCGAAAUAUUAUUGAAACGACGUGGCAAUAUUCCGGGGCUCUUUAUCAUACUAUUUUGAGCAUGUCAGCGGCCUGCUUAUCUGAGGACUUCCCACAUCUUUUGCCAGUGGCCCGACGCGAACACGCACAAGCUCUUGAGAUCAUCAAUAAGAGCUCGCCAAUUGGACCAUAUAAACAAGCUCUAUUGCUUGCUUCGCAAUUGCUGGGUCACACCUCAAGCUGGCUCAACCCUCAGAAUCUCGCCACCAAUAUGUUUAGGGCCAGCUACGAUAUAUUGGAAGACUUAGUGGUCGAGACUGGCCAUGAUGCAUGUGUGUCAUUCUUCAGUGACACAAUGGAUUACUGGGCCAUGUUGCUCGCUUUCUUGACUGACAAGCAGCAACUUGGAGGUUAUGGCCAAAACAUCUUGAUGGGCCCAGCAAGCUCUACCAAGUCAGAAGAACCUCACCCCUACUCUGGUAUCUCCCGCAGUACAGUUAGGAUACUGGCAGACAUUGGGUUACUCAUUUUCCAGUAUCGCCAGCGCAUGUCUACCGUUAAAUUUCUUACGGAGAACGACAUCGACCUUUUCCGAAUUGCCUUGAGAGAAGCAAGGCGGCUUGAACGCGUUCUCUUAACGCACCGUUCCCCAGACCUGUCACAAAUCAAAGACCCAGGGGACCCGAAAACACCACUGAAGCACCUUGAGCUUAUUGAUGAGGCCUACAGAUGCACAGGACUCUUACAGCUUUAUCGCGUGUUCCCAGAUCUGCUCAAUGACCGCUACGCCCCGUGGAACAAGGAAAACCUCCUUCGCCCACUCCCUUCCGAGAAAGUACCCACGGCACAAGAGAGGCAAACCUGGCUAACAAAACUCGCUAUGCACAUACUAGGCAUUCUAAGGGAAAUACCUUUCGAGUCUCGCACCCGCAGCGCGCAGCCGUUUAUCAUGGUUGCUUGUUCGAGUGAGUUGAAGCGGGAUUCCCUACAUGUGAAUACUUCAGGCCCGGGAUGCGGUGACGCUGAAGUAAUGGCGAUUGACCCGGCCUCAAUCGAGGUGGUGCGAGCUCGCAAAUUCAUUCUCUCUCGACUGGCAGCCUACACACAUAUUUUGCCCCUUCGGAAGAGCCGAGUCAUAUCUGAGUUGAUUGAACAGAUCUGGUUGGCAUUGGAUGGUGGAGAUCAGGAUGUUUACUGGCUUGACAUUGCCCGCAAGAAGGAUUUGGGAACAAUGAUGGGAUGA